AUGGCUCGUCUUCGACACGAUGGCAUUGAUUGUACUCAUGUAAAAGUACAGUCAUUUGGUGGAAAUGAUGCAGAGUAUUAUAGAAACAGAAAAGGAUAUUUUUCCAUUAAUGUACAAGCAAUUUGUAAUGCAAAUUUAGAGAUAAUUGAUAUUGUGGGUCGAUGGCAAGGAUCAGUGCAUGAUGCCACAAUAUUUAAUAAUUGCAGAAUACGCGCUUUAUUCGAAGCUGGAACAUUUGGGAAUUCUUUCCUAUUAGGAGAUGGUGGUUAUGCUCUUCGUCCUUAUUUUAUGACUCCUUUACAAAAUCCGCGCACUCGUAUGGAGCAACUAUAUAAUGAAUCGCAUAUACGAACACGGAAUACAAUCGAGCGUGUAUUCGGUAUAUGGAAAAGAAGAUUUCCAAUUUUAGCAGUUGGAUCUCGAUUUCAAAAGGUAGACAAAGUUUUACCCGUUAUUGUUGCAACUGCUGUGUUGCAUAAUAUUGCUCGGCAAACCGGUGAUGCAUUACCACCAAACGAUUCUGCACUGCAAUUGCCCGUCCCAUGGGAAAAUAUAUUACAAGAAGGCAAUAUAGUUUAUAGAAAUGAUGUACCUGGUAAUAAUGAGAUACAACGUCUAUUAAUCAACGAUUAUUUCCGAAGGUAAGAAAAAAACCAUUAAAUUAUGUAUUUACUAAUAGUUUAUCUUUGUGAUUAAAAUUUUUUAAAUAUUUUAUUAUUAAAUGGGUGUAGAUAUAAUAAUAAAAUAUAUAUUUAUAAAAUAAACAUA